AUGAAUACUUUAUGGGAGAGACUAUCCGAGUUCCGGCAACGGAUGAGGCUGCCAUGUCCUGGAACUUAUGAGAACCUGCAUAGGGACAUUAAAGGUGUCAUGCCAACAUUGCAUGUCAUUGAUGGAGCUAAAGUCGAUUUGACUUCCAUGCUCUCGCCUGCAUUCCAAGUCACCCAUUCAUUUGCUUGGGCUAGUCAGCAAUACCCUCCAACUUAUCACUUUGGUGCUGGGUAUAUCGGAAAGCAGGCCUUCAUGCACGGACAAGUAGAUAGCGAUGGAAACUUGCAAGCACGAGCAAACUAUUCGUGGUUGCAACCAUCUGAAGCACCAGCACCACCACCAGUGCAAGCUCCAAAGCCAGGUGAACCUCAACAAACACAACCACCGCCACCACCAGCACCACCAUCGAAAGCACCAACAUCAACAACAAAGCUACAGAUGCAAUUCAGCAGCAUGCAAAACAUGUUACAAAUAGAACACGAACAUGUCGGAUCUGACUGGUCUCUAAACGUAAAGGCCAUAAAUCCAAACCCUAUUGAUGUACCCCCAUCAUAUCUACUCGCUACACCUCCAGUGGGCAGAAAAACACACCCAUCAUCCAUCACGGGUAUAUACGCUGCCUCAUAUCUCCAAUCAAUCACAUCAUCUCUAGCAGUCGGCGGUGAAUUCUUGUACCAGAGACCUAAUCCAGAUGUAGAAGAACCCGCGUUAACUCUGGCCAUCAGAUACGCCCCGUUACCAACAUCAGCAGUCCCACCACCGCCCGUUCUACCCGCUGGUUUCCCAUCUCCAUACCAGCCAGUAAACCCAAACGAUCCAACAGAAGUACUGACUGCUACAUAUCAGCCAUCUAAUGGUUUAUUGCAUACCUCAUACUAUAAAAAAAUUAAUCAGAGAUUGGAGGUCGCUGCUGAAUUGCAAUUGCUUAUUACUAUGGGUAGUGCUAGAAGUGAAGGUGUCAGACAGGGUAUUGCGUCGGUUGGGUUUAAAAUGGAUACCGUCUUUGCUACAGUCCGUGGUAUGGUAGAUACACAGGGUAAAGUUAGUACAGUUAUCGAGGAACGACUUGCUCAAGGGUUGAGUUUCCAACUCUCUGGUGAAAUGGACUAUUCUAAAGGUCAAGGAGGUGCUGGUCGUGUUGGAAUUGGCUUCACUUUGGAAGCCUAG